AUGGUUGGCUAUAAUCCCAAUAUCGCCAUAAUAUCUCCAGAGAAGCGGCACGUCGCCAUAGUUGAGGUUGUCCUAUUCUCGAUCAUUCAGCUGGUCCAAUUCCUCAUGAGGUACAAUCAGGAAUGGCGUUACUGGCACCAUAGGAAACAGAAACGCCCUGCGCGGUGCUUCUUGUACUCAUGGUGGGGGCUGUUGGGCAUAUUAUCCCAGAUCCGGAUCGCCGACUCGGCCAUGGUGAUCUCCAAUCGCCAUCCAAACGAGUCAAUGCUUAUAGCAGAAUCCGUUCUGCAAAGUAUUGGGCUCUCGCCUCUCUUGUUUGAAGUGAGCCUCGUUCUUUUGCGAAGUGGACAAGCAGGUCGCACCGGCCCCGGAAACUCCCGCUUCCCCAAACAUGUCCGCUUCCUCCUCCACUUCUUUCGCUUCCCGGUCAUAAUCUCCAUUGUCCUGGUAGUGGUAGGCGAGUGCAUCGGAAUCCCUGGCUGUAUGUAUGCUGGAGGAGCCGUGUUUGCCGCCACUUUCUGUUUUGUGUGUGGUCUGGUGAGCUGGCUGGCGGUGACAUAUCGUCCCGUCCUCUCACCAGCCGGACACAGCUGUGUGUUGAUAGUGCUGGGUGCUCUUCCUUUUCUGGUGGUCCGCGUGGUCUACUUCCUGCUAGCGGAGUUUGGUCCACGGAAAUACAGCCCCAUCGACGGCAGUGAGGGUGUUAUGGUGGGCAUGGGACUAGUGACGGAGGUCUUCAUUGUCAUUAUCUUGCUGCUAGCUCGUGCCGUAGCGGAGCCCCUGUGGCCCAUUAAGGGAGGCCCAGCUGACCCAGAGGUCUAA